CGUCCUGCAUUGAAACACGUCGAUCCUCAUCAUGAUGAUGGCCAGGACAGCAGGACCACUUCCCGUGGGUAUGUCACUUUAGUGACUCUGGGUACGUUUGGGGAUCGCCCAGUGCAGGUCACCUGUCCGAACUGUGGCCGUACUGGUGUUACUAAAGUGGAGUUUAAAUCCGGACUCCUGACCUACCUGUUCUGUACUGGAAUGUUCUUCUGCGGGUUUGUGUUGGGCUGCUGCCUCAUUCCGUUCUGUAUCAACCGUCUACGAGAUGCCAAACACUCCUGUUCCACCUGCAGAGCUCCACUGGGGGUCUAUAAACGCUUAUAACACUCUUCUGGGGGUCUACAAACACUUAUAAUGCUUUGCUGAGGGUCUAUAAACACAACACUCUAGUGGGGGGUCUAUAAAUGCUUAUAAUACUCUGUUGAGGGUCUAUAAACAUAUAUAACGCUUUGCUGAGGGUCUGGAAAUGCUUAUAACACUCUGUUGGAGGUUUAUAAACACUUAUAACACUCUGCUGGAGGUCUAUAAACACUUAUAACACUCUGCUGGAGGUCUAUAAACAUUUAUAACACUCUGUUAAGGGCUUAUAAACACUUAACAUUCUGUUGGGAGUUUAUAAUUGCUUAUAACACAACACUCCACAGGGGGUCUAUAAACGCAUAUAACGCUCCUAUUCCAACCGCAAAGCUCCGCUGGGGGUCUAUAAACGCUUAUAACACUCUGUUGGGGGUCUAUAAACACUUAAAAUGCUCUGCUGAAGGUUUAUGAACGCUUUUAUGAUCGUUUACACUCAGUUCUGCUAAACAUUUGUAAUAAUCAUGUAACAGUUUCAGUUCUUUCUUUUUUGUUUGUUCUCUUUUAUCUUUAAACAUGAAUAUAUGAAUACAGUAAGUGUUAUUAGCUGUUAUAACGCUGGUGAUUGAUGUGCUCGUUCCUUCUGUA